AGAACGACUUACUUUACAACAAACAAAUAUUAGCUGUUUUGUUAAGCAGUUAAAAAUUAAAUUGUGACGAGACAACAGUUCACAAGUUAUUUCAAAAAAAAGAUUCCUGAGUUAUGGGUAAAGAGCAACUGUUUUACUCAAAUAGUAGCACAGAAUACAUUCCAGAAAUGUAGACAUCUACUAAAAUGGAAAAAUAACGAAAGUAUUCUUAAGUUUGGCGAAGCAGAUGGAAAUACUUCAGUCACCUCAGUGCUACCAGAAUUACCCAAAGAUUACAAAGAGUAUGUUCUGACUGAUGUAUCACCUGAUAUGGUAGAAUAUAUGAAGAAAAAUCUAAAUAUACCCAGAAGUAAGAUCAUGCAACAUGAUAUAGGUACAAUUAAGCUUCAAGACGAACUCAAAAACAAGUUUGAUCAUAUUAUUAGCAUUUUUGUGAUGCACAUGUUACCGAAUCCAAGACAAGGAUUCAUUAACAUCAACAAAAUGCUCAAGCCAGGAGGUCAAGCAGUUGUAUCGUUCGUAGAACGCUUACCGAUAGAUGAUGCUUUCCACAACCUUUUCCAGUAUUCAAAAUGGUCAAGGUAUGGACAUAUGCUAUCUCCCCAUUACUACAGUGACAACGUAGAAGAAUCGUAUAAAAAAGAUAUUGAUGCUGCAGGGUUCAAAUCGUACACUUUAGAUUUCGAAAAGGAUUACCAGGUAUUUUUCGAAGACGAUAACGUGUUACGAACUGUACUUACCGCAGGCAAUACCGUGUUGCCACGGAUACCUGAAGAACUUAGGGAUGAAUACUUAAUAGAUUACCACAAAGAAGUAGAAAAUAGUGGGCGAAUAUUGUAUACGGAAAGAGAAGGCCAAAAAAUAUCAUAUGUAAAAAUUAAUAUAUUUGUUUCUGUAAUGACCAAAUUCGAAUAAAUGUUAAAUUAGUAGUAA